AUGAUUUUCUUUUUAAACCUUGAGUUCUCUGUUGUUCGAACCUCAGGAGCAAAGAGCUUAGCAGAAUUUUUCCGAAGUGUUUACUCUGUGAACGUUACAUUUUUCUUUGGAGCAGCAGCAAAUCAGCUGAUAACCGACAUUUGUAAAUAUUCAAUCGGUAGACUCAGGCCUCACUUCUUAUCGCUGUGUAACCCUAAUCUGACCCUGGAUGAGGCAACCUGCGGCACCCCCCUUGAACCUAAAUAUAUUACAGAUUUUGCAUGUUCUGGAUCGGACCUAUUCCCAUCUGAACCUGAGUAUCUGGACCGGGUUCGGGAUUCUAGGCUCAGUUUUCUAUCCGGGCACGCAUCACUUUCCGCAUAUUCAAUGCUCUUCGCAAUCAUCUAUAUUCAGAGGAAGCUUACAAAUAGGAAUUAUAGAUUAGUUAAACCCCUGAUACAAGUCGGAUGCUCCCUGUUCGCUAUUUACACAAGUCUAUCAAGGAUUUCUGAUUACAAACAUCAUCCAGAAGAUGUGAUCGGAGGAGCAGUGCUUGGUUCAUUAGUAGCUGUUCUAGCACACUUCAUCUCAACCAACAGUGUUAAACAAGGUGGUGAAGCAGUUGAACAGGCCACUUCCACCACAACCCUUCUAAACCUUCCAGUCAGAUGUGUCAAUUGCAAGGGAGGAAGUAGGGGAGCUACAGCCGGGAGCUCGAAGACGAAGAAUCCAGGGAUACCCCCUGACAAAUAUUUUCUAUAGAUAAUUAUACUCAACUUGAGGAAAGUACCUAACCUAAACAUACUCCUGCUCCUGGACUCCUACUCGUGGACUCCUAUUCCUACUCCUGAACUCCUACUCCUACUCCUGGACUCCUUCUUCUACUCCUGGACUCCUUCUCCUACUCCUGGACUCCUACUCCUGGACUUCUACUCCUGGACUUCUACUCCAUUCCUUCUCCUGGACUUCUACUCCUACUCAUACUCCUUCUCUUAUUCAUAAUCCUUGACAUAAUUUCAAAGAACCCAUAUUUGUAAGAUGGCAUGUCCGAUUUACAGCGACAUGUCACUUUAUAAAUGGAAGAUCACCUGAAUUAGGUUUACAAUCCAUUUUGUGGAUUUAUUAUUGUUACCCCUGUAGAUUUUUCAAAAUGUAUUGUGCUAGCCGCUGGUGGUCGGUCCACAGUCCACUGGAACAUUGUUUAAACCCCAUCUUAGCCGAGCUUACAGUGGAAUCCAGAACAAUGUGGAAUGAUUAUUGUAUUCUUUAUUUAUUUUACUGUUUAAAUUCGUUUAGCAUUUUGUAAUUGAAUUAUUUUUCUUAAAGAAAAAAGUGAGAAGUCAUUACGCAGUUUUCUGGUUACUACUGUUUGUAUCACCUGUAGAAAAAUAUUUAAAUUAAAACCUUUUUACUUUUGAUAUGUGUGUAUUAUUUGAUUCGUGCUUUCUUAGUUAAUUUUCUAUUUAAUUCAUUAUGUACUAAUAUUUUUUUACUAUGUGUACUAUUCUUAUAAUAUGAAAUUGAAAUAUUUAAUGUAGCUGAAGUUGUACCAUGUUAAAUCAUUUUAAAUUGGGCAUUCUCGUAGCACAAAAGGGUUGUUAUGGAUAAAACGGGCUAUAGUUGUAAUUUCAAGUAACUAUUUUUGUGCCCCUUUAAAGCUUUGUCUAAUCAAGAAUUAAUGAGAUCCAUAUUUAUCUCUUAAAAGGUUGAACAUUUUUAUUUGCGGUUUCUUUACACAAGUGACUUUCGCAUGUCGGUUGCAAAAACAAUGGAGGAAUUGUGUAUUAUAGCUUAGCAUUAGGGAAUCGGGCUUUUUCCUCUUUAAUAGGAUUGUUUCUUUUAAUUGCAAAGAGUUCCUUUAAAGAAAAUUAAAUAUAGAGUUUUCUUGGGGUUACCAGAAAUGAAUAUGGUGCAAAAUAUUAACCUUUGCGGCAGAUGAAAGGCCAAAACCAAAAAUGAGAAGUCGGGCUGUGUUUUCCUUGUUGGAAAUUAAAUUUCUUAAAAAAUAAUUAUUCAUUGAUCAUGUAACCUUUAUUAACCUUUAUUACUGGAAAAAAUCGAUGGAAAAAUUAUUGAAAGGGAUAAAAUAGAUAAAUUUUGAACCCGUUAGUUGAUGUUUUUAAACCAGAAAAUACUAAAACCUGAGAUUAUUCUCACAAUUAUUGAUUAAAAUACUCAAAAAAUGUGGCAUUAUUGUAAUAGUUAUUAUUGCAUGUUAAAUGUUCCCUCAAAAACUUUCAGCAAACUAUUUGUUAAAAGCAGUUUGUUCUUUGCAAAUGGCAUUUGCUUUGUUCAUCAUAUUUGUCUCGUUCAACAAAAUUGAUGAAAAAGCGUGAAAGAAGACUGACUUAUUGCCAAUACAAAUUCAUUUUUAUAUAUAUUUCCCAUAAAAAUUGUGCAUUUGAAUUAUAAAUAUUAAUUUUUUUUCUUAAAUCUAGUUCAAAAUUUGUCUAGACUGGGUUUGAAAAAAAUAUUGGAUGAAAUUAGCCAAAGAUAAAUAUUCUUCACUAUUGUACAUAACCAAGUUCUCCCUGCUAACCCUAUCCUGCUAUUUAUGUAAUAUAUGUUAUAUAAUAUAUAUGCAACUGUGCUACAAUAUCACAGUUAAGUUACACGUUGAUUAUUUCAGAAA